UGUAUCGUCUGCGCUUGUGCGGGUUCAUUCUGCUCCCGGGGCGAGUGUUAUUAUAAGGCCUAGAAUUUAAUGCACCUGCAUUGAGGGAAAAAUCAGUCUGUUGAAUUAGAUAUUGUGACAAAUGCUAUUUUGACUCGUUAUUAGCAAAUAACACAAUCCAGAUAAAAAUGGCUGAAUUACCGAUGGGGAAAGGGGUAUCCGCAGGAAAAAUAGCAAGCAAUGUACAGAAAAAAAUUACCAGGGCUCAGGAAAAGGUUCUCCAAAAGCUUGGCAAGGCAGACGAGACUAAAGAUCUGGCAUUUGAAGAGGGUGUGAUCAACUUCAACAAACAGCUGGUUGAGGGAUCCAAACUGCAGAAAGACCUGCGGGCCUAUUUGACUGCUGUGAAAACCAUGCAUGAGUCUUCUAAACAUCUGUACGAGUGCCUGGAUGACAUGUAUGAGACUGACUGGUAUGGCAGAAAGGAAGUGGACUCACUUUUGGAGGAUUCAGACCUCCUUUGGACAGAUUUCCAUCAGAAACUUGUGGACCAUGCACUUAUAUCCAUGGACACUUACCUGGGCCAGUUUCCUGACAUCAAAGCCCGUAUUGCAAAGCGUGACAGGAAGCUGGUGGACUUUGACAGCGCACGACACAACUAUGCUGCUGUAAACAAAGGCAAGAAAAAGGAGGGGAUCAAGAUCACCAAGCCAGCUUCCCUGCUGGAGAGGGCCGCCCCAGUCUGGGCUCAGGGGAUCCUGUCGGCCCAUAACGUGGCUCAAACCAGCCUCUCCAGGAGUCAGGCAGAGGAAGAGCUGGACAGGGCACAGAAAGUGUUUGAAGAGAUUAAUAUAGAUUUGCAGGAGGAACUGCCAUCUCUGUGGAACAGUCGUGUUGGCUUUUAUGUGAAUACAUUCCAGAGCGUGGCUGGUCUGGAGGAGAAGUUUCACAGAGAAAUGGGAAAAAUUAAUCAGAAUCUGAAUGAUACGCUGGAGGAAUUAGAAAACCAAGAUAUGUCCAGAAAAACAGGUAGCCAAGGGUUGAGGACAUCAACAGCCCAGAAGAGUGACAAAACACAAGAUGCCAAUCACACAUUGAGUCCAGGAGGACCGGCAGCCAUACCCAAAUCACCAUCCAAGCUAAAGCCUAUGGUUCCUCCACCUCCUAAAGUUACUCCGUCAAAGGAUAUGAAGCAGGAGAACAUUAUCAAUCUGUUUGGUGAGGCAGCCGCCCCAAACAUAAGUGUCACUUCGCCAACACAGUAUGAUGCUCCAGCCACUGCUAAUCUUCUGGAUAUGGAUCUGGACUCACUUCAGGCUGCCACCACACCAGCCGCACAGCCUUGGGAGACUUGGGAGCAAACAGAGAAGGAAGCUGAGGUCCCUCAGACAUGGGACGAUGAUGGUACCCAGCCUGGGCACUCUGGCUGGGGCGAUGAUGGUACCCAGGCUACCUGGGAUGAUGAUGGUAGCCAACCUGAUGGCUCUCAGCCUGUGCAGGGGAAUGACAAUGAUUCUACCCAGCAGGCCCAGGGGUGGGACGAUGAUGGGGCUCAGGCCACAGAAAAGGGAGCUGUUACAGAAGAGGCAGUAGCUGAAACCAUAAAUGAAACUGCACAGGCGACCACAGAGAGCACAGAGAGUGUAGAGAUGCCGGAAUGCUUCCUGUUCAAAGUGAAAGCAAUGCACGACUACAAUGCUAAUGACUCUGAUGAGUUGGAGUUGAAGGCCGGAGAUGUGGUGCUGGUUGUAAGCUAUGAAAACCAAGAUGAGCAGGAUGAAGGGUGGUUAGUGGGCGUCAAAGAGUCCGACUGGAUUCAGCAUAAAGAUCAAGGGAAAAAAGGAGUCUUUCCUGAAAACUUCACCCAGAGGAUGUGAGGGGCUGUGAUCCACUUGACCUGUUGUUAAUCCUUCUGUAUAACUCCUUAUUGCUUCCCCUCAAAAUGUAGACAAAAAAAAAAAAAACAACUGUACUACACCAACAAAUGCACAGUCACAGGCAAUCUGCUGGUUAUGUUUGUGGAAGUUGUUGACAGGUUAGUCUUUGCGUUGUUGUCACCAUGUCUCAUAUUUGUCACGGUGCAAAUAUAAGAUUGGAACAACCUUUGACAAAAUAAGUUGUAUUCUGUUAACUAGUUUUGCCUUGUUUAAUAGAUGGAGUAAAAUACCCAAAGUAAGUCUUUGCUGCAAAUGUUUUUAGACUAGAACUUCUUAACCAUGUCCCAUUUUGUGUGGAAAUGUUUUAAAGUCGAAAUCCCAGAUGAGCUAACAAACUGGUGAGAAAACAGUCUCUUUAGUCUAAUACUGAGCACUAGCUGCAUGAUGUAUAUAGUAAUGUCACAGGUUGAAGCAAACAGUAUUUAUUUUUAAAAGGUGAUUAAUAUUCCUCUUGAGACUGGAAUGCACUAUACAGCUUUUCAAAUCUGAACAGAUUUUAAAAAGCAUACAAAAAACACUAGGUGUCGUACACUUGCCAUCUUUGUAAAUGGUUACAGAGGAAAAACUGGGCAUCAACACUAAAUAACUGAGGGUCAUAAACUACAAACGACUUUAAAUUUGCUCCGAACACAACAAACUUAUUGUUUCUAGGAGAUGCACUCUUAAAAAUAAAGCUGCUUAAGAGGUUCUACAAAGCAAUGCCAUAAAAUAACCAUUUUUGGUUCCACAAAGAAGUAUUCAGUCAAAGAUUCUUUAAAGAACCAUCUCUUUAUUAGCUUUUUAUAAUCUGAAGAACCUUCUUUCACCACAUAGAACCUUUUGUGAAACAGAAUGGUUCUUCAGAUGUUAAAGGUUCUUUAUGGAACCAUUCCAUAAAGGGUUCUUCUAAUGGCAUCGUGUGAAGCACCUUUAUUUUUAAGAGUGUGUGACAAAUAAAAGCAAUAUGUGUUCUAAAAUCUAAAUGGUUAAUAUCCAUUGAUUGGAUGAAAUCACAGGCUGAGUUUUCUGUGAAAUCUGUCAACUCCAACAGCCCAAAAUCUGCAGAAUGGAUCUGACUUUCAGCAACCAGCGCCAAUUCCUCCAGACUGUAAAUUAGGGCAAAAAUCUGUACAAAAGUCACGUUGUGGAUUCCAGCCUUCAGUUCCAUAGUCCUACAAUAUGACAGCUGAACACUCCUUGAUGGAAAUCGAGUUUGACUGCUCAGAGUCAAAGAUCUACCAGCUCAGAAACAAACUCAAAAGGUAAAAUAAAACCAUCUAAUAUAGUUAAAGGAGUAUUUAAUCCUUCUCAUUAACAAACAAAAAACAUAUGCACUCAUUCUAUAUGCAGUUAACGGCGACACUAAUGAGGCUGAUGUAUUUAACCCCAGACUCUUGUUCAGGUUAUAUUUAUAUGAACCUGUGUGCUGUCUUUCACCCUUAGCUUUACCUUAUACACAAUAUUACUGUCCACUGAUUUUUGUUGUUGUUGUUGAUGAAGCCAUUUCAGAAAUGAAUGUGGUUAAUAUUCUUUACUGUGCAAAUGGAGUCAUAUACACAUAAUUUGUCUCAGUCAUUUAGUAAAACACGGUUUAUAUUAACUGAAGGAGAAUUUCUGUCCUUCUCAACAUGAAAUGCAAUAAUCUCUGCACAGAUUUUUAUUUCUUUAUGAAUCAUAUUCAUAGACACAUCAGAGAUAUUGGAUAUUGGCAUUUUGUGAUUUGAAAGUGGAUAUUAAUGCUCAUUUGUCUGAGUUUUAAUACAGUGGAACAUUCAAAAGUGACUCGGAAUAUGCAUAAUAUGAAUUCGGUCCUCUUACACUGUAAUUAUAGUUUUAUUUUUGUACAUUGUGAGUCAAAUGAGAGUUAAAAUGAUUUUAUGUGCCAUGAACACUGGCUUUUAACUGGAGUCUUUCUCAGUGCUGUAUACUCUGGUCUUUACAUGUUUGAAUCAGAAAGUACCAUCAAUCUCAGAGCAAGAGCAGGUUUAGUGAGGAUUUAAACUUUUAUAAGGAACUGAACUCAAGUUGGUAUGGCGGAGAUAUUGAUUUUCCAGUCAUCUGUUGUGCUGAAUGAGAACUUGUUUGGUUUGCUUGCUACCCCUGAUCUCUCGCUAACUGGACGCGUCAUGUGACCCAAGCUUGAGGGAGGUCUUGCCAUGCUUCACCAGGUUUGAAGCACGUGUGAGUAUGUGUUUGCGUGCUAGGUUUUUGUAUUCAGUACUGAGAAAUAAAUGUGAUCUGUAUAGAGGUUGAUUACUGAGUUAUUUAAGCUGCCAAUGCAUCUUUAAUGACCUCACACAAGCUCUUAAUUAAAUCGAAAAACCUUGUUGGUGUACAAACACUUCCUCUUCAUGUAUUUGAGCGCAGUUACGAUAUUUGCUAGUGUUGUUGUGUUGUUGCAUUUGUGACUGUGAUCAUUGUGUAGUUUUGUUACAUUUCUUCACUAAAGAUACAAAUUCUCUGAGCAUAUCUAUAUCUAUAACUAGUGUGAAUGUGAAAGGAGCAUACUUAAAUCCAUGAGCAGUGUGUCUGUGUGUAGUGACUUGAUGUUUUCUUGCUGAGGUGGCCUGGGAAACCAGGGUCACUUUGCGCCACUGUAAGCCAUGAGUAGUCAUUCUGCAGUCCUGUAUCCUGCUGACUCAACAGUGCUAAUAAAUAUGGAUAUAAUCAUG